AUGCGCCCAGGGACUUCAACCCUAGAACAAACCUACUGCCAUAGCGACUCGACAAUCGACGAAGAAGUGCCUUACACACUUUCUGCUCUCAACACCAGUAACCACGAGGCUUCGAAUGGAGCCGUCUCUCGAACUCAGCGCCGAAACAAGCGCGUGAGAACCUCCGCAUCAGCAUGUGCCGCAUAUGUCAACAACGACGUGCAUAAGCCAUCACCACAACCACGUAUCCGCGGCACGUCACCUCGCUGUCGCAACGCGUUGUAUACAUUUGUCGAUCAGGCUGCUGGCCAGGAAUUGCAAGAGAAUGUACACAUGAGGAAGUUAUCAGGAAUCUCGAAAGCCCUAAGCAUCCCUAACUUCCACCACUCCCCUUCCCACGACGACUCGAGACCGUCUUCGUCACCUGCCGCAAAAGUACCGACCCCCUUGCUGCGAGCCAACAGCACACCACAUUAUUCCAAUCUACAACACCCGCAAAAGCGGAGACCUCCACCUGCAUCGCACAGCAGCUACGGCAUCGAAACUAGCAACGGCCCACCUCCCUCGUACUCUACACAGCAGACGCUGUCGCAAGAUCGCGCAGUGUGGCCACAACAAGAGCGAGGCCGAUCGUCGAAGCCAGUCAGCGUUGCAAUAGGCCGGAGUGGCAGUCCCGCCAAAGCAGUGACGGACACGUCUGAUGGUGAAAUAACUCGAACAAUUGCACUACCCACCGCAUCUCCUUCACGCACCUCAACCGCACCCGAAUACUUGCAUGCAAGCAGCGACACUCCACAGCCAACUUUCCCUGCAAAGCCAUCCGUCUCGGACAUUUCGAUACUGUCCGACCAGUCGAAGACCACGAGCCCGGACACGGGAACGCACGGCACUGAGACACACGUUAGCAACGACUCAACACCACCAACGAGCGCGUCAAUCAAUAUGUACGACGACCACAAGUCGUCUUCGCACGGUCUUGAACCACCGGCGCAAGAUCUAUCGACCAGCUCCAGCAGUGAGAAUUUCCACGAUCCCAGCAAGAACGCCGAUUUGUUCCUCAAGAUAGCCAAAGACGCCGCCUCAACACCCAAAGAAAAUGUCCCAGGCUCACGACGAUCACGGAUAUCGCUGCCAUUUCUCUCAUCCUCACGACCCGCAACCUCGAUGAAGUCGUCCCCGAUUAGUACCAAUUUCAAUGCUGAAACAAUACGAGAACGAGCCAGCACUCCACAACGUUUCGGCAAACGGUCCUCACUAGGGUCGCAUGUCCCGGGCGCUUUUUCUUCUACCACCUCAUACUACACCGAUACAAGAAGUCAUCUGGCGCCGCAGACUGAUCAGGCCUCGAACAUUGAUCCCAGCGAUAGCCGCUCGCAGUUGAAUGGGCGGUCACGUCGUCAUUCAAACGCAGUCAAUGACUCACGACCUCCCUCCAGACCAUAUCAGGCUAGAUCGCGACUGGCAUCAGACGGUCUCUAUGGCGAGAAAAUCCGGAUGCAGGAACAGACUCAGACAGAGUCGACGAUUUCGACGACCGCACCAUCUACGGUAUGGGACGAGCUGGAUGAUCUGAAAUCGAGGAUAAAGAAACUCGAGUUGACCGGUAAACUCCCGCCGUCCUCCGCAGCUGCAAUGACCAGCGAUCGACCACGGACAGCAACGACCCAAGCGACAAACUUGUCUUCAUCGCCUAAGCACAAGCCAAUAGUCAACACGAACGCCUUGCCCUCGGCAAUCGAGGGGAUUCCGUCGAAUGUGCAUCCAACUCUACAUGAAGCGCUUAUGAAUGCCAAGAAUACCGUUAGCAACGAUGUAUACCAGAAGUUGCAGGCGACGACCUCGGACGCAUUGCAGCUUUCAAUGAUGCUUAGCCCGGACUACAGCACCAAUAGUUCGGCUGUGAUGUCCCAAUCAGAACGACAGCUUCGGCGUCGUGCAGAAUCGAUGUGUCGAUCGCUCACCGAGCUGACCAUUGCUCUUCUAGCAGAGCAGCAAAACAAUGCGAAAUCGCCGAACUCCCGGCCUGGCAGCAGCCAUCUGUACCAGUCUACACCCACCGGCACAAACUUUCGUUCGCGUCGCCUGUCGAACGCAACAGUCGAGACGCCGGAGCAAAAUAGCACUGUGCAGUCUCGCGUAGCGUCAAGGCUUGAGAACCGCCGGACCUCACUAGCAAAGAGCACCCAAGAGCCUUCACCACGACCGAUAUCCCGUGCAAUGACUGAAGCACCAACUGCAUAUCGGGGUGCUUCACGGGCGAAUUUCAGUCGGGAGUACACACGGCAGCAUCCUCUGCCGUCCGCUGGCUCAUCAGAUCAGACGAAGGUUGCAUCUAGCACUCCUUCGCAACAGCAGAUCGGCAACCUGGUUUCCCGACGCCAAGCUGCUGUCAACGACACAACGCCCGAGGCGAUCAAUUCUUCUCCAGUGCCAUUUACGAUCUCGAUACAGCGGCCCUCACACCGUCAGUACCCAGACUCGCCAGCGAGUGUAGUCAGCGAAGCUUCGCCAGGUACGCGAGCAUCAGGGCGGCGUUCGCUUGGCUUCGCUGCUCGCGUGUCCAGUGUCUCAUCGAGGCUCAAGCUUGCGAGAGAGCAACGACUCGCCGCAACGUCCAGUAGGGAUGGACCAGCAAUGGCGGCUAGCGAAGUUGGCUUCGUUGCCAGUGGUGGCGGCAAUGGCGUGUAG